AUGCUGCAAAAUUGUGUUGGACAAUUGGCUAAAGCAAAAUUUGAACUCCCACCACCAAGCAAUCUUCGAAAAUCAAACUUUUUCCAUUUUACCAUCACUUUGAGAGAUCAUGGAGAUCAUCCUGUUGAAGUUGAACAAGCAACAUUUGCUGGUUUUGUUGAAAAAGGAAAAGAAGUGCCCGGUGAAAAUACUCGAAAUGGUAUUCAUUAUAAGUUGGUGCUUCUCUUCAUUAAUGGUGAGGAAAACUUCCCUUUGAAAGCUUUUUAUAAAGAAAAGUAG